AAUAUAGAUGUUUCAGCUGAAUAUUGGUCACAGUUUUGGGAUCUCCCAGAGUCUGCUGACGAUGUAUUUUCACUUGUGGGUGCGCAAGAUAUUCGACGCGUAAGAGAUCAAGCAAGAGAAAAUCUUGAGACACUAAUUCACAAGAUUACUGAUCGACUUUUUCAAAUUAUGAGAGCACCUGAUUUUCCCUCUCCUGAAAAUUCUACACUACAACUACUUAAUUGUAUUCGACUCCUUACACGUAUUAUGCCAUUUAUUUUUGAAUCAGAAGAAUUAGAAGAAUGGGAGGAUGAAUUCUUCUGGACACCAAAAAAAAUCAAGAAAAAUUUCAGGUCAGAAAUUAUCAGUGAUCUUCAAAGUGCUUCAAAAGAGCCGAAUGAAGAAAUUGUAAUUGAAAAUUCGGAGAGGAAUGUAAGCCAGGAAUCUUCUACCCAAAAUCGGACUAGUUCUGAAUCUUAUGAAACAAUAGCACCUCUUGGAGAGCGUCUUUUGUCCGCAUUAAUAGACCUAUUAUUUUUGACAAGUUUUACAUUACCAGCAAAUCUCGCGAAUGAAUCUUCUCGUGUUAUUUAUGUUAAUUGGGAGACAGGUGUUGGAUCCACUAUACCAAUUGGUUCGUCCAAAGAAAAUGAUGCUAAUAAAACAGAAGCAUUAAGGCUCCUUCUCGGACUUGUUUCAAAGUCAAUGUACAUGCCAGGAGCAACCUUUAUUGCAAAAGAAAACAAGUGGAUCAAAUUCUUGGUUCUUAAGUUGGAACGAAAGGUUGUUCUUGCACUACUUUGUAGUUUGCUUAAUACUACCGUUAAAUAUAAUCCUGCUGGUUGGGGAGUACCUUACAACCACAUGGUUUUUACCGAUCCACGGGAGAUGCUUGUAACACUCUGUUUACAGGUUUUGUUAGUCUUAUUAGACUAUCGUUCACCCUCAAAUAGAGUUGAUCCUGUCUUAGUUGGCACUAAUGAUUCAGGUGAACAUAAUAGACCGACAUCUGUUAGUGCAGUCGAAAGUAAUGAAGAGCCUGCUUCGGCUACUUCACCGAAAAGUGAUUCAAUAAAAGAAGCUGAUACGGCUCAAGGAGUGCAAA